AUGCUCUUUCUCUCCCCCACCCUUCCUUCCUGUACUCCAGCUCGAUAUAUUGAUGUUGAGUCCGAUUUCCACGCAAAGGUUCCUGUUGUAUUUUGCAAGGAUGAAAAUAGUGAGUUAACAUGCAAAGUGAGUGCUGGAAAUGACACAGCGUGCCUUACCACUGAAUUACUGGCAGCUGUUGGCAGAACUAGAGCCUUCUCUCAUUACCUUGGUCAUGGCGUUCCGCUACUGGGCCAGGCUGUGUCACAUAGACUGCCAAGCAGAAGGGGGGAUCCCUUCUUACUCUUUUGCCUUAAUGGUGGUAUUUUUCCUCCAAAAAAGACAGCCACCAAUCCUUCCGACAUAUCUGGGAUCCCGGAUAGAAGGCUUUGAGUCUAAGAGGCUGGAUGAUUACCAUCUAAAGGGCAUUUCUGAAGACAAAUAUGUGGAAUGGGAAUACAGGCCAGUCAGCAAUGAUAACAAGAACUCUUCAGGAAUGGACGGGAGGGGAAGAGCUGAGCAAAACCACAGAAGAGCAGCUGCAUUAGAAGCAGAGAGCAGGAGAAACAAGGAGAAGAUGGGAAAGUGCCGCUUGGUGUUUGUGCGGCCUCACCAUGUAUCCCUUGGGCAGCUGUGGUUGGAAUUGCUGAGAUUUUACACGCUGGAGUUUGCAAUUGAAGAAUACGUGAUUAGCGUGCGAGUAAAAGGUCUCCUAAGUAGAGAAACCAAGAAUUGGCCAAAAAGACGAAUAGCCAUUGAAGAUCCUUUUGCACUGAAGAGGAAUGUUGCAAGGAGCCUUAACAGCCAGAUGGUGUACGAGUACAUUCUAGAGAGAUUCCGAGCGGCAUACAGAUAUUUUGCCUGUCCACAAAGCAAAGAGGAGAACAAAUCCAAAGUGGAUGAUGAAAAGAGGGAGAAGAGCACCGGCCAGGAUAUAUCUACAUCUGAAGAUCAAGUUGAUAAUGAGACAGACCAGACAUCUGCACUCUUGGAGGAUAAAGGGAGCAAAAACUGUAAUGGACAAAAUUCUACAACUAUUAAGGAUUUACAUGAUACUACUGAAGUAAAGUGUGCGUCAGACGCAGUCAGUUCUCUGGACGAAUCCUGCUCUGACGGCUGCACUUCUGCUACCUCGCACCGUCACAUGAAGAAUGAAGGAAGCCUUAGUGAGGAUGAGCUGUAUUAUGUGUUUGAUAAGCUUAUAUUGACUUCUGGAAAGCCUCCCACCAUAGUCUGCAGCAUCUGCAAGCGUGAUGGACACUCCAGGGAUGACUGUCCUGAAGAUUUCAAAAAGAUUGAUCUGAAACCCCUGCCCCCAAUGAACCCCAGAUUCCGGGAUAUACUGGACAGAGUCUGCAAGAGGUGCUAUGAUGAACUUUCUCCAAGUGCUGUUGAGCAGCAUAAUCGGGAACAGAUCCUUAUUUACCUGGAGAGGUUCAUCCGCAAAGAAUUCAAUAGUAAUGCCAGGCUGUGCUUGUUUGGUUCCUCUAAGAAUGGAUUUGGAUUUCGUGAUAGUGAUCUUGACAUCUGUAUGACCCUUGAAGGCCACGAGAAUGCUGAAAAACUAAAUUGUAAGGAAAUAAUUGAAGGUUUGGCAAAAAUUCUUAAAAGACACCCAGGCUUAAAGAACAUUUUGCCAAUAACAACAGCCAAAGUCCCCAUUGUGAAGUUUGAACACCGAGAAAGUGGUGUAGAGGGAGACAUCAGCCUGUACAACACACUGGCUCAGCACAACACCAGGAUGCUGGCGACAUAUGCUGCCAUCGACCCUCGAGUAAAAUAUCUGGGAUAUGCUGUAAAGUUUUUUGCCAAGCGCUGUGAUAUUGGGGAUGCGUCAAGAGGAAGUCUGUCUUCUUAUGCCUACAUCCUGAUGGUCCUUUAUUUCUUACAACAGAGAAACCCACCCGUCAUACCGGUGCUACAAGAGAUAUAUGAUGGGCAAGUUAUUCCUCGGAGGAUGGUGGAUGGUUGGAACGCUUUCUUCUUUGAUAACACAGAGGAAUUAAGAUGCCGGUUUCCAUUCCUGGGGAAGAAUACUGAGUCAGUUGGAGAACUUUGGCUCGGAUUUCUUAGGUUCUACACAGAAGAAUUUGAUUUUAAGGAAUAUGUUAUCAGUAUCAGACAGAAAAAAUUGCUAACCACAUUUGAAAAGCAGUGGACGUCUAAAUGCAUUGCUAUAGAAGAUCCCUUUGACCUCAAUCAUAAUCUUGGAGCUGGAGUCUCUAGAAAAAUGACUAAUUUUAUAAUGAAGGCAUUUAUUAAUGGAAGGAAGCUUUUUGGGACUCCAUUCUACCCACAGCCUGGGCUUGAAGCGGAAUAUUUCUUCGAUUCCAAAGUCCUAACAGAUGGGGAGCUGGCUCCUAAUGACAGAUGCUGUCGAGUGUGUGGAAAGAUUGGUCAUUACAUGAAGGACUGCCCUAAACGAAGGAGGCUAAAAAAGAAAGAAAAUGAGAAGGAUGAUGACAAAGACAUUAAGGAGGAGGAGAGGGAACUGAGAGAAAAGAGGUGCUUUACCUGUGGCGAUAUUGGACAUGUGCGCAGGGACUGUCCUGAAAACAACACUGCCAGACAGAAGAACAGUAUUCUAGCUUCUCAGAUCCUUAGCCGCAUUGUUCCUCCGCAAGUAAUCAACCCUUUACAACAGCUGGAGCGUCCAACACGCACAAGACAGGCUUCAGAAUCGCCUCAACCAUUUCAGCAGAACUCCAUAAACCAGUCUCAGCCCCAACAGACAAAACUACAACAGCAAGCGUCUCAAGCAUCAAAUGCCCAUCAGGUUCAGCGGCCAAUGUUUACCUUUCCACACUCUCCUCCCACUCACUUCUCUCCUCUGCACAGUCUUGGGCUUCUCCCUUUGCCUCCUCAGAUUCCUAUUCACAACAACAACUGGCCCAUCCAUGGCCAGAUCAUCCGCUCUUCUGGGAACCCCCCUCACUCUAGUGGUGUCCCCUUCCCAACACGAUCUGGCAGCAGCAACACCUCAACCUCCAAUCAGAGUGCGGUUAGUCUGAAUGAUCCCAGCAUCAUUUUUGCCCAGCCUGCUGCCAGGUCUGUGGGUGUUCCCACCUCUAUUCACGAUGGACACCGGCACAAUUCCCAAACUCCCACUUCACUGGUGAGCAAUGGAAACGUGGGCGGCACAGGUAAAUUUUCACUGUACAACAUACAUGUGUCAUGA